AUGGAUCCAGAAUCAUUUGGUUUAGAUAAAACAGCAAUUGAAAUUUGUAAUAGUUAUAUGCCAGUAUUAGAUAUCGAACCAAGAUUAAUUAGAGAAGGUUUUAAAUCAUUAUAUGAUAUUCAAAAGAAACAUAUUAGUAAAACCAAACAAUAUCAAUUAAAUAAAGAGAAUGGUGGUAGUUUAAUGGAUGUUCAUUUCUUUUAUCCAAAUGGUUAUGAACAAAAUCCAGUCGACCAUAAAUAUAAAGCGAUAUUUUAUAUUCACGGUGGUGGUUUUAUGGUUGACGGUAUUAAAAAAUUACCAAGAGAAAUUAGUGAUAGAACAAAUUCAAUUUUAAUUUAUCCAGAUUAUGGAUUAACACCAGAGUUUAAAUAUCCAUUAGGUUUAAAACAAUGCUACCAAUUAUUCACAGAUAUAAUGAAUGGCAAUUUCAACCCAUUCAAUGAUUUAAUCAAUGAUUCAAUUUCAAUAGUUGGUGAGAGUUCAGGUGGAAAUUUCGCACUUUCUCUACCAUUAAUGUUAAAAUUAAAUAAUUCAACAUUUUUUAAGAAAAUUUCAAAAGUUUUAGUAUACUAUCCAAUUACAGAUUGCAAUUUUGAAACACCAUCCUAUAAUAGAUUCUCAGAGAAAUUCUAUUUAACAAAGGAAGGUAUGAAAUGGUGUUGGAAUCAUUAUACAAAUAAUGAUUCCGAGAGGGAUGAAAUCACUUGUUGUCCAUUGAAAGCCACAAUCGAUCAAUUAAAAGAUUUUCCAGAAACUUUGGUUAUCACUGCUGAAACCGAUGUCUUAAGUUCUGAAGGUGAACAAUUUGGUUUAAAAUUAUCAAAUGCAAAUGUUAAAGUUUCAGUUUUAAGAAUUUUAAAAACAAUUCAUGGUUUCGUUUCACUUGACCAAACAAAUGAUAGUAUCGCUUGUAGAGUUGGUAUGGAUUUAUCAAUGAACUUUUUAAAUAAUAUCUCAAAUAGUUCAAUUAUUAAUGAAAAUAAUAAUAAAACUUUAUUACAAUUAGUUUAA